AUGAAUUCCUCGCCACGAGCCGCCACGAUUCUGGUCUAUGUCGUCAUAGUGCUUGCGUUUAUCUUAUUCGUCCAGCGAUUCUGUUCCAACAAGAUUCCGAAGGGCGUUCGCGAGCUUCCUGGGCCAAAGGGUUAUCCUGUGAUUGGUAAUCUGCUUGACAUACCAAAAAAGUAUGCUUGGGUUGCAUUCAAAGAGCUUGGUGACAUAUAUGGGCCUAUAUAUAAGCUCGAGAUCUUUGGAAUAACCUUCGUCAUUAUCAAUGACACUGCGAUCGCGGACCAGCUGCUGUCAGUCAGAGGCGUGCACUACUCUGACCGUGGAGAGUUUCCGAUGAUUAGCAUGAUGACUAACCGAGGAGAUCUGGUCAUCCGCCCGAUCGACGAUUACUGGCGAAGAGGACGAAAGUUUGCCACGUCCAUGCUCAGUGUGACGGCGGUCAAGCAGUGGCAGAGUGUGCAGGCGCGAGAAGCCAGUCGCAUGGUGGUGGACAUGGUGCGAAACCCAAAGAACUAUCAACUCUGGCUUGAAAGAUUUGCAACCGCAGUUUCGGUCCGUGCUGGCUAUGGCAAAGAUCUCAACACAGCCGAGCUUGGUGAAUAUCACACCGGAAGGAUAUUGGACCGGAUGCGCGAAAUCGAGCGGGUGUCGGCGCAAGGCAAAUAUCUGGUCAAUCUACUUCCUGUUCUCAUGUAUUUGCCUGAUUGGCUUGCACCAUUCAAGCGCGAAGCAAAGCGGCAUUACGCUGCAAAGUCAGCAUACUUCAGCAGUCUACUUCAGGAAGCGAAAGACAAAUUUGACCUUGGAAUACCAGAGGAUCCGCCCUCAUAUGCUCGGAUGUAUUUCCAAAACAAGCACCAUUAUGAUCUCAACUGGGAAGAGGCAAAGUACGUCCUUGCAACCAUGUACGGCGGCGGAGCGGGCACCACCUCUUCCACUAUGCAGAGCUAUUGCUUGGCUAUGUGUCUUUUUCCAGAGUGGCAAAGUCAGCUUCGGCAGGAGGUCGAGCAGGUUGUGGGCUGUGAUAGAAUUCCUAAUUUCGGCGACCUUGCGCAACUUCCUUUGGUACGAGCGGUUGCGAAGGAAUUACUGCGAUGGAGGCCUGUCGUUCCCGCAGGGGUACCACAUGUGGUUACCAAAGAUGACGUCUAUGACGGUUACUACAUCCCAAAGGGAGCUUGGAUAUUUACCAAUCAGUGGGGUCUGCACCGUGAGAAGGGGCUGUAUCCUGAUGGAGAAGAAUUUCGCCCAGAUCGAUGGUUAGACCCAAAAUUCACAACAUGUAAAGGGGUCGAUGGGCAGCAUCCUACCAUCCGACGCUAUUCGGCUUUUGGCUUUGGUCGACGGAUUUGCCCUGGUUAUGAUCUCGCCGAGCAGGCGCUUUUUAUUCAGAUUGCUUCUUUAGCUUGGGCAUGUCAAAUUCGCAAAAAGGUCGUAAAUGGUCAAGAAAUCCCAGUACCAUUUUACGAUUACUCGAAUGGGGGCAACGUCUUUCCAAACCGCUUCGAAUUCGAUCUGGUGCCUCUUGAUCCCGAGAGAGUUAAAUUCAUGCAGCAGCAUUGGGAUACAUCACAAUAA